AUGAGUACCAUGAAAUUUUGCCGCGAGUGCAACAACAUUCUCUACCCUAAGGAAGACAGGAAACGAAGGAUCCUUCUUUUUGCCUGCCGCAAUUGCGAUCAUCAGGAGAUAGCUGACAACAAUUGUGUAUACAGAAAUGUAGUACAUCAUGCAGUUGAAGAACGUACUCAAAUUUUGCAUGAUGUAAAUGCAGAUCCAACUUUACCAAGAACAAAAUCUAUUCGUUGUACAUCAUGUGGCCAUGGCGAAGCUGCUUUCUUCCAGGCUUCUACUAGGGGAGAAGAAGGUAUGGCAUUGUUCUUCGUCUGCUGCAACACUAGCUGUGGCAAUCGUUGGAGGGAUUGA